AUGGUAACCCUGAUUACAAAGUCUCCUUUCGGAGAGAAAGUUCUAAUUCAUAUUGCGCGUAACAAAAGUGUGUGGUUCCAAAACAGACGCGCAAAAUGGCGGCGGCAGGAGAAGAUGGAGGCAGCGAGGCUGGGGCUUGCGGAGUACGGGUCGCCUGUGCCGCGACUCGGCCUUGGCCUGCCUGUAGACCCCUGGCUGGCACCUCCCCUGCUCUCGGCGUUACCUGGGUUCCUCAGCCACCCGCCGUCCGGCUACCCGAGCUACCUGACGCCGCCCGCGCCGCCCGCGCCGCCCGCGGCCGCCCCCGCGCCCGACCCGCGCUCCUCCUCCAUCGCAGCGCUGCGCAUGAAGGCGAAGGAACACGUCGAUUCCAUCACCAAGGGAAUGCAAAUGGUCUAA